AUGUCGGCAUACGCACCACAAUCCGGCGUACGCUUCAUCGUCUCCCAUGGAGUCUUCCAGCAUGCGUACGACAUCUGCAAUCCCACCGGCCAAGCCGAAUUUCACGUCGAUGUAUCACACUGGACCCCUGGUAAAGCAGACAUGACCUUUCACAAGGGAGCCGACAGCUCCCACCCAAUUAUUGGCAUCGCCGAAUUCCAACACCUCUCCAAAGACGCCGAACUCGGACUCGUCGAUCCAAGCAGACCAGGGGGGAUGGAGCGUAUACCUCUGCCCUGCGAUACAUUCAUGACCGUCCAAUAUGCCUUUCAAGUCAUCUUCCCUGGCGAACACCAUCGUCGCACAUAUACCUGGAAACGAACCCGCUCCCAUGGCUUUGGCUCUCAAGCGCUCAAGUUGGUGGACGAGACAGGCCGAGUGAUUGCGGUGUAUUCGGCUGGCGGGGGGCUCACAUCUCGGACAGGGCAAAUGGACUUGUACGUGAACUAUGGAGAGAAGUUUCAGCUGAUUGCGUUGAUGAGUGGAUUGGCCUUGCAAGAAAAGUUGCACCGGUCAAGAAAACAUGGUGCCGCUGGUGUCGCAGGAGGUUCAGGUGGACUGUUCACUGCUGGAGCUGCUGGAGCUGCUGGAGCGGGGAGCUGA